AAACUUCAGUGCAGAGCUGAACUACGCUCCUGGUCUGCAGCACCAUGCUGGAUCCCAAGCCUCACUCUGCAAGUUGGAGGUGAAUCCGGGUGAAAGCCAGCUAUCACAGCAGGUGUCAGGAUGACCAAAGCACGGCUCCUCCGUCUCUCUGUGGUGCUGGUGUCCAUCUUCAUGAUCCUCCUGAUCAUUGUGUACUGGGACAAUGUGGGAACGGCUCACUUCUACCUGCAUACGUCCUUCUCAAGGCCUCAUUCCCCAGGAGCCAUCCCUGGUAUCACAGCAGGUGAAGACUGGGAAGCCUUGCCAGAUGUGGAUGAAUUUUUGGCAAAGCUGCUUAGUUCAAGCCUGAAACAGAAUAACUCUAUCCCCCGAAAGACAGAGCAGCUACUUGUCCAGGGCUCCAGCAAGCCUGUGGUGAGCAAUUUGGAGGAGAACGUGCGGGGCUAUGACUGGUCUACACACAAUGACAGAAACAGCUUGGACCAAGAGAAACUGCAGAUAGAAAGGCAGAGAACGUUGCGGGAGUUUUGUGCCAAUUCCAGCUUCGCCUUCCCCACCAAGGAGCGCUCCUUUGAUGACAUCCCAAACUACGAACUCAACCACCUGAUCGUGGAUGACCGCCACGGCAUCAUCUACUGUUAUGUCCCUAAGGUGGCUUGUACCAACUGGAAACGGGUGAUGAUUGUGCUAAGUGAGAGCCUGCUGGACCAGGGGGUCCCAUACCGGAACCCUCUGGAUAUCCCCCGGGAACAUGUCCACAACACCAGCACCCACUUGACCUUCAACAAAUUCUGGCGCCGUUAUGGGAAGUUCUCCCGGCACCUCAUGAAGAUCAAGCUGAAGAAGUACACUAAGUUCCUCUUUGUACGAGACCCUUUUGUCCGCCUCAUCUCUGCCUUUCGCAGCAAAUUUGAGCUGGAGAAUGAGGAGUUCUACCGGCGUUUUGCCAUCCCCAUGCUAAAGCUGUACUCCAACCAUACCAACCUUCCCACCUCCGUUAGUGAGGCCUUCGGGGCAGGCCUCAAAGUCUCCUUUUCUGACUUCAUCCAGUACUUACUGGAUCCCAGGACAGAGAAGAUGGCCCCCUUCAAUGAGCACUGGAGGCAGGUUUACCGUCUGUGCCAUCCGUGCCAGAUAGACUACGAUUUCAUUGGGAAGCUGGAGACGCUGGAUGAGGAUGCUGCUUAUCUAUUGCAGCUCCUCAAAGUGGACAGGCUGCUUCGCUUCCCCCCCAGCUACCGGAACAGGACUGCCAGCAGCUGGGAAGAUAACUGGUUUGCCAAAAUCCCACUGGCUUGGAGGCAGCAGCUCUACAAGCUUUACGAAGCAGAUUUUGUACUCUUUGGCUACCCCAAGCCAGAAAACUUGCUUAAAGACUAAAAGUGAUUGGGUGGUGGGUGUGGGAGGGAACAUCUGAAAUACCAAAAAUGUUUAAAACCUCCUCAUUUUUGCUCUUAACUCCCUUCCCCAUACAGGCUGGUACAAUGGAAUAUAUUUUUUCUACUGCUUUCCCUUCCGUUUUUGCAAUAAUGCCAGAGUCCAGGGUAUUCCAGCCAGCUGUGCAUAUGCAAAAGAUGCCAGGUUUUUUUGUUAUCGUUUGUUUUCUUUUUUUUAAAAUGUCCCCAUGUUUUGCAGUGGGUUGCUGCCCUUGGUCACUCUGCCAGCUGUGUCCUUCAGUAGCUUUUUAUUAAUACUUUUUAAAAAUUAAUAUAUUUAAGAUAUUUAAUACAAAGUGUGUGUGUUGUGGCAAAGGAAGGGAAGGAAUAAAAAAAAA